GUUUGACCUUGAUCAAGUGAGCUGCUCUGAGCCUCCGUUUCCUCAUCUCUAAAAAGCAGAGGCUUCCCCUCCUCUUCUCGAAGAUGGAAAAGAUGCUGGUGGGCUGCUUUCUGUUGGUGCUCGGACAGACCUUUCUUCUCCUCCCCGCUGAGGCCAGGGAGCGGCCCCCCUCAAGGUCCAUCUCCAGAGGGAGACACGCUCGGACCCACCCCCAGACGGCCCUCCUGGAGAGCUCCUGUGAGAAUAAGCGGGCAGACUUGGUCUUCAUUAUUGACAGCUCCCGCAGCGUCAACACCCAUGACUAUGCCAAGGUCAAGGAGUUCAUUGUGGACAUCUUGCAGUUCUUGGACAUUGGCCCUGAUGUCACCCGGGUGGGCCUCUUGCAGUAUGGCAGCACUGUCAAGAAUGAGUUCUCCCUCAAGACCUUCAAGAGGAAGUCCGAAGUGGAGCGUGCCGUCAAGAGGAUGAGGCACCUGUCCACUGGCACCAUGACGGGGCUGGCCAUCCAGUAUGCCCUGAACAUUGCGUUCUCGGAAGCAGAGGGGGCCCGGCCCCUGAGGGAGAAUGUGCUGCGGGUCAUAAUGAUCGUGACCGAUGGGAGGCCACAGGACUCCGUGGCUGAAGUGGCUGCAAAGGCACGGGACACGGGCAUCCUGAUCUUUGCCAUCGGUGUGGGCCAGGUGGACCUCAAUACACUGAAGGCCAUCGGGAGUGAGCCCCAUGAGGACCACGUCUUUCUGGUGGCCAACUUCAGCCAGAUAGAGUCACUGACCUCCGUGUUCCAGAACAAGCUGUGCACGGUCCACAUGUGCAGCAUCCUGGAGCAUCGCUGUGCCCAUUUCUGCAUCAAUACCCCCGGUUCGUACGUCUGCAGGUGCAAACAAGGGUACAUCCUCAACUCAGAUCAGAAGACUUGCAGAAUCCAGGAUCUGUGUGCUGCGGAGGACCACGGCUGUGAGCAGCUCUGUGUGAAUGUUCUGGGCUCCUUCGUCUGCCAGUGCUACAGUGGUUUCAUGCUGGCCGAGGACGGGAAAAGAUGUGUGGCUGUGGACUACUGUGCCUCAGAGAACCACAGGUGCGAACACGAGUGUGUGAAUGCGGACGGCUCCUACUUUUGCCGGUGCCCUAAGGGAUUUGCUCUUAACCCAGAUGGAAAAACCUGCACAAAGAUAGACUACUGUGCCUCGUCUCGUCAUGGAUGCCAGCACGAGUGUGUUAACACGGAUGAGUCCUAUUUCUGCCGCUGCCUAAAAGGUUUUAUCCUCAAUCCAGACAAGAAGACCUGCAGAAGGAUCAACUACUGUGCCCUGAACAAACCAGGCUGUGAGCACGAAUGCAUCAACACGGAGGAAGGCUACUACUGUCGCUGCCGCCGGGGCUACACCCUGGACCCCAAUGGCAAGACUUGCAGCCGAGUGGAUCACUGUGCACAGCAGGAGCAUGGCUGUGAGCAACUGUGUCUGAACACGGAGGAUUCCUACGUCUGCCAGUGCUCGGAAGGCUUCCUCAUCAACGAGGACCUCAAGACCUGCUCUAGGGCGGAUUAUUGCUUGCUGAGCGACCACGGUUGUGAAUACGCCUGCGUCAACACAGACCGGUCCUUUGCUUGUCAGUGUCCCGAGGGACAUGCGCUCCGAGGGGACGGGAAGACCUGUGCCAAAUUGGACUCCUGUGCCUUGGGGGACCACGGCUGUGAACAUUCGUGUGUAAGCAAUGAAGACUCUUUCGUGUGCCAGUGCUUUGAAGGGUAUAUACUCCGUGAAGAUGGGAAAACCUGCAGAAGGAAAGAUGUCUGCCAAGCAGUAGACCAUGGCUGUGAGCACAUUUGUGUGAACAGUAAUGAGUCGUACUUCUGCAAGUGCCGGGAAGGAUUCCGGCUUGCCGAGGAUGGGAAGCACUGCCGAAGGAAGGAUAUCUGCAAGUCGACCUACCAUGGCUGCGAACACAUUUGUGUUAAUCGUGGCCACUCCUACAUCUGCAAAUGCUCAGAGGGAUUUGUUCUAGCUGAGGAUGGAAGACGGUGCAAGAGAUGCACUGAAGGCCCGAUCGACCUGGUCUUUGUGAUCGAUGGAUCCAAGAGCCUUGGAGAAGAGAAUUUUGAGAUUGUGAAGCAGUUUGUCACCGGCAUCAUAGAUUCCCUGGCGGUGUCCCCGAAAGCCGCGCGAGUGGGGCUGCUCCAGUAUUCCACGCAGGUCCGCACAGAGUUUACCCUGAGGAACUUCAGCUCGGCCAAGGACAUGAAGAAAGCCGUGGCCCACAUGAAGUACAUGGGCAAGGGCUCCAUGACGGGGCUGGCUCUGAAACACAUGUUUGAGAGAAGUUUUACCCAAGUGGAAGGGGCCAGACCUCUCUCCACACGGGUGCCCAGAGUGGCCAUCGUGUUCACGGAUGGACGGGCUCAGGAUGACGUCUCAGAGUGGGCCAGUAAAGCCCAGGCCAACGGCAUAACUAUGUAUGCUGUUGGGGUAGGAAAAGCCAUUGAGGAAGAACUACAAGAGAUUGCCUCUGAGCCCACGGACAAGCAUCUCUUCUAUGCCGAAGAUUUCAGCACGAUGGGAGAGAUAAGCCAAAAACUAAAGAAGGGCAUAUGUGAAGCUCUCGAAGACUCUGAUGGAAGUCAGGACUCCCCUGCAGAGGAACUGCCAAAGAGGGUCCAUGAGCCAACAGAAUCUGAGCCAGUCACCAUAAAUAUCCGAGACCUACUUUCCUGUUCUAAUUUUGCAGUGCAACAUCGAUAUCUGUUUGAAGAAGACAGUGUUUCACAGUCCACACAAAAACUUUUCCAUUCAACAAAAUCUCCAGGAAGUCCUUUGGGAGAAAAACACGAUCAAUGCAAAUGUGAAAACCUUAUCAUGUUCCAGAACCUUGCAAAUGAAGAAGUGAGAAAGUUAACACAGCGCUUAGAAGAAAUGACACAAAGGAUGGAAGCCCUGGAAAACCGCCUGAGAUACAGAUGAAGAUAUGAAAUGCGCUAUGUAUUUGUAUGUCAUUGUAUCAAAUGUUACAAUGAAAGCAGCUUGAGCCCCAAAGCUCAGGCUAUUGAGUCUAAAAAGUUGUAAAGUAAAACAGGACUAGUACUUAGAAAGCUGGUUUGCUAUAGAACACAAAGGCAAAGGUACAACACUAACUUGUAUAAAUUUGAGAAAAAGUCCUUCAGAACCCUAAAAUGAGAUUAUCAAGUGAGAAUAAAUAAGCUAUGCAAGCUAUUCUGUAACAUACUGUGGACAUGAUUUGCUUUUUACCUUAUCCUGCCUUAGUGUUGUGAUCUCAUUUGACUAAAUUAGUUUGCGGUCUUACUUCUGUAGAACACUGGCCAUAGGAAGACUAUUUUUUUGUAUUGGACUUUUAUCUUGAUAUAUGUAUAUGGAUGUAUGCAUAAAUUCAUAAAACAUAUGUACUUGAAUAAGUUGGAUUUUUUUAAUACAGUAUUAAAAUUCA